UAAUCAGACUACAUUAGUCGGUAUAAAAAGAACCUGUCUGUUUACCUUGCAUUUCACAGGCCUUGCAAGCUGCAGCAGCAAUUUAACGGGCACCUUUGAUAUUGUGUAAAAGCUUAUAAGAUUAAGGCGCUAGUGGCUAGUGGUAUGCACUGAUUUGUUGAUUCAAGUGCGUUUAGCAACCUUUCCACGUGAGAAAUGGCAAACAAGCAAGCUCUCUUAACGACGUCUGCAGUCCUGCUGAGUGUCGCCAUGAUGCUGUGCAGCUACAGUUACACUGAUGCCACACCUGUAACAGCCAAUAAAGCCAUCCACCAGGACAUCAGUCUCGAGCCCGAAGUGACUAACCGGACUUCUAAGAGAACCGGAAAGCCUAUGCCGUACGAACUGUCCAACUCAACUUGGAUCAUUGAGUCGUCCGGUUCCAUCAACUGCAUCCAUCCUGAGACCCCGAUCGUGUGGAUCCUGGGCAGUACUUGGACGUUCAUGGACAAAUCGGAUACCAUUAACCGGACCUGCCCGGGAGGCUUCCACUACCAGGGAUGCCCCUUUACGCUGCGACUGGCCCAUGAGUGCUCUGGAUUCAAGGGAAACUGCCCGUUCAAACCAGUCAAACCGGACGAAGAGAGCCGCUGUCCAACGACGCACUUCAACUUCGCGUAUCAGUGUUUGCCCGAGCCAACAGCCGAUAAACCGCUCAAGUCUUACGCGGUGGCGCCGAAGAACGCCGAUCCCAAUGAUCCUUGCCUGCCGUUGUAUGUUGCCAAACAUACCGGUGUUGCUGGCCAUUAGCAACAUAUCUGUACAUCUUCAAAUUUCUGCCGAAAUUUUCUACGUACUUAGAUUUCGCUGCGCUUUUAUUACUGCCAGUGAUGUUUUUCGAUAGAGCACCGUGCACUCGCUUUCCGCAGCUUGCUGUCGAUGUACCGAGCGGCUUGAGAAAAUAUCGUUCUGUUAGUAAACUCUGUCAACCGUCAA